UGCACAGGAUUGACUAGUUUGUUCGGCAUGGUGUUGUACAAAGUCAUCAACCCGCAGUCGGCUUACUGCAGUGACCUUGUUGGUUACACUUUAUCCCGCGAAUGGGUUGUAUUGAGCACACAGUGCGCUGUGUGAGCAUUAAAUAAUGCAUCGCAAAACGCAAGAGCAGCCUGGUUUCGGAAUGGUCAGUGAGUAAUUCGAUAUAUCGGUAAUUUACUGGAGCUUGACCAAUCGAUACUUGAUUUAAUGAAAAGAGCGAGAAAUCGCGUAUAAGCGACAAUUAAGCCUCCACGCCCCAACGGGAAGCGCGGGGAGGUUGUGUCAACGUGCCUCGUGUAAAUGACGCACGACCCCUAGGCCUACAUCCAGGCAUAGUCAAACAUCACCUCAUCAGUCUCAAGGCUCCUGCAGCGAGGUAAACACCAAAUCGUUUUUCAUUCACUUUACCGUGGUGUUCAUUAACUCUUCGCUCGAGAGAUUUUGUCAUUAGCAUAUGAGUGCCGAUGUCGGUGAUGUCAAAUAGGCCAAAGUCACUUUACGCCGCUUCAGUGAUUCACUUCAGACGCAUCAGGCGGAUAAACCAAACACAUCUUGCUGUGAAGGUAAGUGGAGGUAGGUCGUUUCACCAAACUGUUGGUUUUGCGACAAUUUAAUAUUUGGUUGAAAUUUGCUUGCACGGGGUGGACGGUUUCGGUCGUUGUGAAGUUAACCCGUUUUCGUUGAAAACAGCGCUUUUACUAGUCGUUUGGUGGUGGUCAACGUUAUUUGUUUGGCAACUGUCUGGCAUGGAGUUGACGCUUGUCACCUUGGAGAAUUACAUCUUCUGCGGUUCCCGGACGCACAUGAGACGAAUGCUUCUUGGAGCACGAAGAACUGAUAGCAGUCUUCUAUUUAAGGCAAAAACAUGGAUGCUAACGACAGUGCCUUUGGGUGCGUGGCCAUUGAUGACAUCUUGUCCUUAGAAGAAGCCAUCUUCAUUCAUGCGUACACCUUUGCGAGCUUCUGUAUCAUUCUUGUGAUAAUCUCAGUCAUCAUAUCCAUCAAGAUGCUCCGUAGUAAUCACAACACAAAGUUCCUCUUGACUAUUGAAAGUCUCAUGAUAAUUUUCGGACUCUUGAGAGCGAUGUUCCUUCUGACUGAUCCCUAUCGCGUCCGCAACGUGUUGCCUCCACUGGUGGUGCAAUUUCUGGAGGACCUCGCAGUGCCGUGUCUUACGUCUGCAUUAAUGCUAGUACAGAAUACAUUCUGGCAACUCACCAAGACGAAGCGACUGAAACUCCAGCGGGUACCAGUUUUACUUGGUACCGUUGCAGCUCACUUUCUGCUCAUAGCCGUUAUUGAUAUUGUUGUUAUCAAUGUGGCAGGGAAAUGUGAGCUUCUCCUUGUCUGCCAGGCUUUGACAACCCUGUGGGGAUUAAUUCUCUCUGUCGGCUUCUUUGUGACCGUCAGAAACUUGCACCUCAUUAAUAGACAACACCGGAAUACCCUGUUUAUCACAGCUGUUGAUAAGCUGCAUCUCCAGAGGGCGUCAGAGGAGGGAUCUCUGACGUCACCAAUUGGCUUGUCUGUGAAUCAUGAGGGCGGUGAUACUGGCGGCAAUCCCUCCACAGAUACCCCGGCUAUAGCUAGCAUCCAAAGUAUUUCCUUAGUGGUCAAGGAAAAUGAAAACAAACAACAGUGUGAAUCCCAACAGGUCCUUCAAAUGACUAAUAGUAGCCAUCCUAGUACAGAAUUGGCGACGAAAACUAAAGCUCCUAUCCCCAAGUGGUCCCCGCGGCGAUUGAAAACUUUUGGCAGGAAGCCAAAUCCACUCCUUAAAGUCAUGAUUGUUAGCAUGAUGACGUCAUUUCUUGGCUUGCUCUGCUUUGUGCUGGGUGUCUAUGGGAUGAUCGUUUUCAACAAUCCACUGCAACCUGUGUCCGAUGUCAAAGGUUGGUUCGUCUACCAAACCUUGCAAAGAUCUAUUGAGUUCUGCUUUGGAAUCACGCUGUCCUAUCUUGCUUGGCGAAGGAACACGCGUAAUAGGUGAGCUGGUUAUCUCAUCCUUAGCCUGAUGGUGUGUCGUCGAACAUAAGACAUCAAGGCAUGAUACACUCAGAAAGAUUAUCGAACUCCAGAUGAAUGAGGGUAAAAGCAUUGAGGAUGUUGCUAAUAGAUGUUGGUUUCUACGUAUUUGAAACGUAUCUGAUUGGUUAUCAUGAUCUUAGUUUGUCUCUAACCAUUUCAUAAUCAUUUUUGAAGCCACAUCUCUCUCCAGUAGUUAUUGCCGAGUGUAAAUAAAGUGUGAUUUUGAAGAUCUCUGAGUAAGGUUUGUUCUUGUGUACAUAUUAGUGGAAAGACAGUCCUGUAUUCCAACAGCGCAGGCAGUGUUGCACAAAAAUAUUAUCAGCCAAUUGUAACAACCAUUACGCGUGUGCGUAUUAUACGCUGAAUCUUAAACACCAAGGCCGUGUUUGUUUCAAACGUACCGAAUCACGAUCAGUGAUUCUUCGUUGCUUUACGGACACCAAAACCCGCACAGUGGAUGGUGCGAACCAGCGUAGUAUCACUGAUCGAGAUCCGUGCGAAAACAAACAGGCCCCCCAAAACAUGUUGGAGCUGGCGUGACGUCAGAUAUUUUUCCCCAAAUGAUUUUCCUGCCUCGCAAUACAGAACGGGCUUAUUACACGAUGUGUGUUUACUGCCAUCCCUCCGUAAACAAACUGUUUGCACUGUGAAGGGAAGCUUAUGUAUUUAUCAAUAAAGCGGAAAACAGGCGUAUAUCGGAUGCUCGUUGAUGAACAAGGUAAAUAUGUGACGUAUACAUCAGAUCAGAGAUUACGAGGCACAUACGUAAUUAUGACCUUUUAAUGGACUAUACCGUCCGUUGUAAAUGCAGAUUAUGUAAAAGCAUCGUGAUAUUCAAAGAAUGUUCAUGAGCUUGGCUCGAGCUGUAGAUAACAUUGGUUUUAUGUUUUUACUUGGUAUAAAAAGUAUUACAUGUCGUACAUUUAGUGAGAUGGCGUUAUGCCAAUAGGCAGCCAUCAAAUAAAAAAUAUAAUUAAAACGCUGCAAUUUUCAACUACAAAAAUAUAAGAUUUUAAAAGAACCAAUCAGGAUCCUGCUUCCUUGGAUGAUUUGCAGUUCUAAUUUUGCUGUCAGUAGUUACACUUCAGAAAGCAGCUUUAUAACAUUAAUGUUGUUCUUGAUGUGGAAACUACUCCUUGUUUCAUUCCAGUUUUCAGGCGCUGUAGGAAAGCAUUUCUGAUGAAGUUAUGUAAUAAUGCUCAGUGUGGCGUGUCUUACGAUAGAGUGAAACGUAGAGGUUAUGUUUGCAGUAUGUAUGGCAAAAAAGGAAAGAACUAUCGGAGGAAAAUCAUUUGAGCUUAAAUUUAUGUUGCCAUCAAACGAUCAAAUAAUUCCCUCACGCAUUCAUAUGCUAGGAGCGCGUGAUCUCACGAUGUGGUAGAGUAGGUUCAGAAUUCCACGAAGAUCCUAUUAGUUUAUGCUAAAUUAUUUCUGUAUUUGCAAGAAAAAGGUUUAAUAGUUCUUAUCAUAAGCUCUUUGUCGUUGCCGCUGUUACUGUUGGUAUCGCCUUGACGUACCUUGAUAAUUAUUUCCCGACUUAAACCGUGACAAGGAUGCGCACUGUCGAGUGCUCUUCUCAAGGGAAUCGAACGGAUCGGAGCAUUGGGAUUGAUACAUGUCCAAGUGUUUGGCAGAAAAUUGGUUUGUCUCAGUAACUAUAGCUUAUCUUGAAUAAUAUCCAAGGUUCAGAGGAAAUGAGUUUGGUCGAUGUGAUUAAUGAUAUUGCAAGGGAGCGAUGUUGCACUGUACUUACAUUAGUUUAAUGUAAUAAUGUUGGCCUUGGUGGACUUUCGAGGGAGAUUUGUAACCUCACUUAAAGAUACAAUAUAGUUUGGCGGCUAACCAUUCAAGGGUGUCAUAUUGCUACACAUUAAAUCCUACGGGCCUUGCUUUUUGUCGUCGUAGUAGAUUGAAACUCGGUUACAAAAGAGGUUAUACAGUAGUUUGAAAACCUCAUCAGUACCCGUUAAUUAAUGUCUUAACUUAAUUAACUUUUUAAAAAGAAUUGUAAUCAAGUGGGUUUGAAUAUCAGUUGAAAGAUUAAGCAGUUGCUGUCUGUUUCUAGAGGAGGUUCCAGAUGUAUUUGUUCAUUUCUACGUACGAGGUAAUUUAUAUAGGCCUAUUCUGGUUCUUCGAACAGAGGGUCUUUCGACAGAUUCAAUAGGUGAUGUCGGAAUUACAACGUUCCAACGGUGGAAAUACAUGCGUCAGUGGGAGAUGGCUGAAGGCGGUAGCUGGCGAUGCCGAGAAGCUUUUUUUCCCUUUUUCUUCAGCUGUAUAUAGCCAAUUAUAAAUUCGGACACGUCUUGAGUUACUGUAUCUUGUCAAGCGCAACAAUAGGCCGUAUUUCAAUCGAUUGUUGUUAAUUUCGUGAUAUUUUAAGAGAUUUGAAUUAAAUGCAAGAGCGAGAAAGCUCUGAGCGUGUAUCCAUUGUUAUUACUAUUUGAAAUGCCUUUCGGUCAAGUUGGCUGCAAUUCCUGUGGUUACGCUAUAGCUGUCUACCAGCUGUACAAUAGAAUGCCAGGAUGUACGAGAUGCUCUUGUAGUGAGGCAUAUCAAUAAACCAACUUAAAAUUGA